ACAGAGUCAGCAAGGUUGGGUUGGAAGUUUCAACGGCGUUGCGUUAUAAAAACGUAAAAGGAAGAAUGAAGCAAGCAAACACAAUUUCAUUGGUCUCGUCGAUCUUUUUCUUCAAAUAUUCAUAAUGUUCCGGUGGGUAAUAUCCAUAAUGUCCCGGCAGGACGGGCCUUGGUGGCGUAGCCACGCAGGGUACAAUUCAGGCGGUUUCGGGAGUAACAUGCCCCUUGAAUCCGCAUACAUAAUUUUGAAUGAAAUAAUGAGGGCUCUCGAACAACCACAUAUUGGCAUAGUUGGGAUUUAUGGAUCAAGUAAUGCGAACAGAAAAAAUGCGGUGGACAAAGUCACCAAGAGAGUUGAGAGAGACGGACUGUUUAAUGUGGUUGUGAAGACAAGUGUGAAGAAAAAGCCAGAUUCAAAAAGAAUUCAAGGAGAACUUGGGAACCUAUUGGGUCUACAACUCCAUGAGAAAACAACAAGGGAAAGAGCUACCCGUUUGUGUGAGAGGAUUAAGAUGAAGGACAAGAUCCUUAUCAUCCUUCAUGAUUUUCAACGUGAAAUCGACUUGGCCGAGAUUGGAAUACCCUUUGGGAAUGACCACAAGGGUUGUAAAAUCUUGUUAGUAGCUGAGAAUAAAGAGUCGUUGCCCCACAAAAUGAAAACCCAAAUAGAAAUUGAUAUGGACAAGGAGGUGCUGUUAGAUCCUGCUUGUGGAGGUGGUGGUUGUGGAGGAGGUGAUGUCUGAUUGGAUCAAGAGUUGGUGUUGUCCACUCCAGCAAACUGAAAACUAGAAUAAUAAUAUUUUCUGCAAACGCCCGUCGCGAGAUUGUGGAGUUUAUGUCUUAAGUUCAAACUUGUGGAUUUUAUUUAGACGUCUUCUUAUUAUGUUGAGAAAUUUGUUUGGUUAAGUUUUCAAAAAUAAAUUGUGUCUUUCUUGUUAUCUUUUCAUUGAAA